GUGCGCCGCUAGGGGUGGACACUAGAGUAUUUGUCAGUGGCAGUUUUGUGCGCCGCGUGUGUACAUCUACAUGGGAUCAGUGCACGACGUGGAAUUACAUUUAAUUUAAUAAAGGUGGGAAUGCGAGGGUACGAUGACUACCCGCCGCAGCAAGAGACGGUGUUUGACUCCCGCCUACCGUUCAGAAGUCCCCAAGAGGCGUACUACAAGCGGCCUCACCGACCCCGACGGUACAGCGCGGGGGCCGACUACGGCAGACAGAUAUACAGGACCUUCAGUGAUGACCAGAAGAUGCUGAUACAUGCGGGGGUGCAGGUCCCAGCUGAGGUGUACCCGUACCCUGACACCCGGUACUACGGGUCGAUGCCCCGGAGGCCAAGGAAGCAGUGUCCUGAGGAUUGUGUGACUAUGGGUGUCUGCGAGGCCCCACCGUGUUGCUGUGAGGAUGAGUGGUACUCCCGUGGUGGUGGGGGGUUCUACCCUAGUGAUAUACCUCCUUGCCCUCCCGCCCCUACGAUCAGCAACCCUGCGUUGUACAGGGAACCACCUUCCCAGCCUAGGAGCUACAGGGAUCCUCCUCGCUCACAAACUCCAACCAGGUACACCCAGGUCCAUACUCCCACCAGACCCUCCCGUGCUCAGACCCCCACACGUACCCAUGUCUAUCGUGACCGUUCCAUGAGUCGCAGCUCUAGCAGAGAGUUGAAGAUGAACGGUCACGGUAACGCCCCCUACUGCCAGCGAGGGCGAACACCCAGGGAUGACACUGACUCCGAGGAGGACAUAGUCAUGACUGCCCCUCUGGCUGCCGAGUGCCACUGUGCUUGUGACCACAUCAUCAACGGCAGCUACCGCCAACUCAAGGAGGAAGACAGCACACAGUUUCCUCCAGACGUGACCCAACCUAACAAGGAGGAGGUGACGUUCUAUCCGCGACAUCCUCCUUCCACUACCUCCACCUCCACCACCACGGGCUGUAUGCUGCUAGUGGAUCUGUUCAGCUCGGGUCGGGCUCGCCACCGCUGGUUGGUGGGGGCUGCAGUCCUACUAGCAGCGGCCGCAGGAGUGGGGGUACCCCUAGCUCUCAGUAUACAGUCAGGGGCCAGCUACGAAGAGCGGCUGGAAAUGGCGCACAAACUGCUCAAAGAAACUCCACUGAUAGAUGGUCACAACGAUCUUCCAUGGAACAUCCGGAAGUUUGUCCACAACAGGUUGAAUGAGUUCCGGUUCGGGGAGGACCUGCGUCAGGUGCCUCCCUGGUCACUUAGUGCCUGGUCACACACUGACCUUAAAAGACUACGAGCGGGCCAUGUCUCGGCUCAGUUUUGGGCUGCAUACGUGCCUUGUGAGUCACAGUUCAAAGACGCUGUCCAGUUGACCUUGGAACAGAUUGAUGUUAUCAAGAGGCUGACUGACAAGUACAGUCCUCCUCUCACCUACUGCACCUCUGCUAAAGAGAUUUCAGACGCCCACGCUAAAGGAGGGAUGUGUAGCCUGAUAGGGGUGGAGGGGGGCCACUCACUAGCCAAUAGUCUUCCAGUAUUGAGGGUGCUGUACAGUCUAGGGGUGCGAUACCUCACACUUACCUCUACCUGCAACACACAAUGGGCGGACUCUUCCCUGGUAGAACUGCCUGGGAAAAAAGCUCAACAUGGGGGAUUGACGAAUUUUGGAAAAAUUAUCGUCAAGGAGAUGAACAGGCUGGGUAUGAUCGUGGAUCUGUCGCAUGUCUCACUGGCCACUAUGAAAGCAGCUCUGGAGGUCAGCAAAGCUCCCGUCGUAUUCUCCCACUCUUCCGCUAGAGCGCUCUGUAAUAGUUCCCGCAACGUGCCUGAUAACAUACUAGCCUCUCUGGGUCUUAACGGAGGGCUGGUGAUGGUUAAUUUCUACUCUCAGUUUCUGACGUGCAAAGACACUGCUACAGUCUCCGACGCUGCAGCUCAUAUCAACCACAUUCGGAACAUUGCAGGCGUGGACAGCGUAGGACUAGGCGCAGGCUAUGAUGGCAUCAAUUUCACACCCAAAGGUCUGGAGGAUGUGUCAAGCUAUCCUGCUCUCUUCGCUGAGCUGAUUGGUUCAGGACUAUGGCAACUAGAGGACCUUAAAAAACUCGCAGGCCUUAACUUUUUGCGGGUCAUGAAACAAGUUGAGAAGGUACGAGACGACAUGGCCAAGUCUGGUGUGGAGCCUUACGAGGAUACGAUUUCUCCUAGGUAUUUAAAAGGCCGGACAAACUGUACGUCUCAGGAUCCCUUUUAAAGGUCACUGCCAUUUAAGAUGAAGUAGUUUUGAGGACAACAAGAGCCGAUAAGAUCCAACCGUCAACGGAGCAGCCUUCCCGCCAAACGCAACGAAGACACACCUUUACCCGCCAAAUCUGACCGAGGUGGCGACAAGACGCUAUUGUUUAGGAACUUACUUGCGUGAUAAUCAUGGACCUGAUAACAAAUUUACCAGCUGAUUCCUAUUAAUUACAUUUCACUGUUAGAAUAAUAUGAUUAAACUGUAUAUACUGGAAACAGGGACUGGAAUUAUAGUAACAAGACUUAAAAAUGACCAAUUUAAGCUGCUUUUAAGGCUUGGUUGCUGAUAGUUUACAAUAGUUUCGGUUUUGUUGUGGCUUGUAAAUUGAUUUAGUAGAA